GUGGGUCACUAGGACCCGGCACGGCACGGCAGUGGGGCACUAGGACCCGGCACGGCAGUGGGGCACUAGGACCCGGCACGGCAGUGGGGCACUAGGACCCGGCACGGCAGUGGGGCACUAGGACCCGGCACGGCACGGCGGUGGGGCACUAGGACCCGGCACGGCAGUGGGGCACUAGGACCCGGCACGGCAGUGGGGCACUAGGACCCGGCACGGCACGGCGGUGGGGCACUAGGACCCGGCACGGCACGGCAGUGGGGCACUAGGACCCGGCACGGCAGUGGGGAGCGGGGACAUGGAGGAGCGGCAGUGGCGGCACCGCGGGUCCCCGGCCUCCGCCAACCGGCCCCACUAAACGGCGGGGUGAUCGCCCCGGCCUCGGGUACCCACAGCCCGACUAGCGAAGCGGCCGCGAUAGAGGCCGGGCCCGGGCGGGGAUGGCGCCGCGCUGCCGGCGCUCCUGGCUCAGCGUGUUGUUGGGCCUAGUGCUCGGCUUCGGCCUCGCCUCCUGGUUGGUGCUGCCCCGGGCCACAGUGCCGGGGCGGGCGGCGCGCCAGCGGGAGAGGGCCGGGUGCGGGCAGUUAGCGGGGUCUGCGGGCGGGGAGGAGGAUGAGGACGAGGAUGAGCGGCCCGCCGCCUCCCGCUUCAUGUACGUGGGGGUGAUGAGCGCCAAGAAGUACCUGAGGAGCCGGGCGCUGGCGGCCUACGGCACCUGGGCCCGACACAUCCCCGGCCGCGUCGAGUUCUUCUCCAGCGAGGGCUCAGACCUCAGCCUGCCGCUGCCGCUCGUCGCCCUCCCCGGCGUGGACGACACCUACCCGCCGCAGAAGAAGUCCUUCCUGAUGCUCAAGUACAUGGGCGAGCGGCAUCUGCAGCACUUCGAGUGGUUCGUGCGGGCCGACGACGACACAUACAUCCGCGGCGAGAGGCUGGAGCGCUUCCUACGGGGCCUCAACAGCAGCCAGCCGCUGUACCUGGGCCAGACCGGCCUCGGCGCGCCAGAGGAGAUGGGCAAGCUGGCGCUGGAGCCGGGCGAGAACUUCUGCAUGGGUGGCCCGGGCGUGGUGCUGAGCCGUGAGCUGCUCCGCCGGGUGCUGCCUCACAUCGGCCAGUGUCUGCGGGAGAUGUACACCACACAUGAGGACCUGGAGCUCGGCCGCUGUGUGCGCAGGGUCGCCGGCGUUCAAUGCGCCUGGUCUUAUGAGAUGCAACAGCUAUUUUAUGAAAACUAUGAACAGAAUAAAAAAGGUUAUAUCCAGGACCUCCACAACACCAAGAUCCGGCGUGCAAUCACGCUACAUCCAAACAAGAGCCCCGAAUAUCAAUACCGCCUCCACCGCUACAUGCUGAGCCACCGGAUGUCUGAGUUUCGUCACCGCACCAUACUGCUUCACCGGGAGGUGGCACUCAUGGGCAAGUACACCAACACUGAGCUUCACCCAGAUGACAUCCAGUUGGGAAUGCCACCUUCCUUUAUGCGCUUCCAGCCUGGGAACAGGGACGAGGUUCUGGAAUGGGACUUCCUGACGGGGAAACACCUUUAUUCGGCUUUUGAUGGAGAGCCGCCAAGAAAGGGGAUGGAUCUGUCUCAGAAAGAAGCUUUAGAUGACAUCAUCAUGCAGUUGAUGGAAAUGAUUAAUGCCAACGCCAAAUCUAGAGGCCGCAUUAUUGACUUCAAAGAAAUUCAGUAUGGCUACAGAAGGGUUAACCCUAUGUAUGGGGCAGAGUAUGUACUUGACCUGCUCCUUCUCUACAAAAAGCACAAGGGCAAGAAGAUGACUGUCCCUGUAAGAAGACAUGCUUAUCUGCAACAAACAUUCAGCAAGGUCCAGUUUUAUGAGAGUGAAGAGAUUGAUGCUGCAGACUUGGCCAACCAAAUUAACAGGAACUCACAAUCUCUCUCCAUCUUCUCAAACCCACUCCAAAUAUUUGUCCCCUUCCAACUUGGAGCCAGUAAUGUUGAACAUAAGCCCAAAGAUCAGAAAAUCAACAUCUUGGUCCCUCUGUCUGGACGCUAUGAAAUGUUUGUGAGAUUCAUGGAAAACUUUGAAAGGACUUGUCUGAUUACAAAUCAAAAUGUCAGGUUAGUUAUAUUGCUACUCAAUUCCGAUUCAAAUCCAGACAAAAUAAAACAAUUUGAGUUGACAAGAGAUUAUCAGGUGAAAUAUCCCAAAGCAGAGAUCCAGGUCCGGGCAGUUCUGGGGCAGUUUUCAAGAGCUCUUGCUCUGCACCUUGGAGCUGCCCAGUUUAGCAAUGACUCCCUACUUCUGUUUUGUGAUGUUGACUUGAUCUUUACGGUGGAUUUUCUGCAGCGUUGCAGAACUAAUACUGUGCCAGGGAAGCAAGUAUAUUUUCCAAUUAUCUUUACCCAGUUUGAUCCCAAGAUUGUACAUGCUGGCAAACCUCCCAGUGACAACAAUUCUGCUUUUACAAUGAAGACUGGAUUCUGGAGACACUAUGGCUUUGGGAUCACAUGUGUUUACAAAAGUGAUCUUUUAUUUGCUGGUGGGUUCAACAUCUCGAUCCAGGGCUGGGGAAUGGAGGAUGUAGAUCUCUACAACAAAGUCAUUCAGGUUGGUUUAAAACCAUUCAGGAGUCAAGAAGUUGGAAUCAUUCAUAUCCAUCAUCCAAUCUACUGUGACCCAAAUUUGGAACCUAAUCAAUACAAAAUGUGCUUGGCGUCGCGAGCAUCGACAUAUAGUUCCACGCAGCAGCUAGCCGAGCUGUGGCUGGAGAGGCAGCGGCCCAGUCCCAGCAACAUCAGCACACUUGAUAGUUCAAAGAGGACAGCAUAAUAUCCAGCUCGGCUGGAGAACUUCAUAAUUUAUUUUUAAUGUUUUUUAUAAAGUAAAUUGAUUAUAUUGUAAAUAAAUGUUUUACAGAUAAGACAUUUUACUUGGAAUAAAGGAGCGUUGUGGCCACACAGGGGCUGUUUAAUAUCGUGGUGAAUGGUGGGAUGAUUUAUACCCGCAGCACAUUUACAGUGCUCCUGGUCGAGGAGCAGAGGGGUAAAAUCAUGGCCGUCCAGCUCCCCGAGAUUACAACAUCUAACUCUCAUGUGAAUGAAACACAGUGCUGGAGUAACUUGGCACAUCAGGCAGCAUUUGUGGAGGCAGUGGACAGGUGCCGCUUCGGGUCAGGACUGUACUCCAGACUUCCAUCCAUUUGUCAACUAACAUCUGGUCCCAAACAAAAGCAUUAAUUGUUCAUUCCCACCACAGAUGUUGCCUAACCUGCUGAGCUACUCCAGCACUUUGUAUUUUGCUCAAGAUUUCAGUAUCUGCAGUUACUUGUAUCUCCAUUUAUAAUGUGAAUAAUUUGGCCAUGAUAAUUAUAUUUCUGAAAGGAUUUAAGCCCCUUUAAUAUUGAGGGACUAUUGCACAUCGACUUGGUUGUUACUCCAUUACUUUAAUUUAACUUUUAGUCAAUUAGCUAAUGUAUCAGGACUUAAUUCAGUUGUUAACCUUGUUAAUUUUUGUCAUAAUGUAUAGAUUUUAGAUGCCAACAGUGAAGCAAUGACUAAGUUAUAAUUUGUUUAUUCAUCAAGUGUUGUGUAAAUUUAGCAGGCUAUGGAUUUUUAUGGAGGUGAUUGAUGGCCAUCAUCUCCACUAAAUGGUUUAAUUUCAUUGCUGUGAUUCACCGUCUUGUCCUAUCACCUUACAUUGUUUUGGGUCCACUUUUGCAGUAUCUUCAUUUUAUUGUGUUGCAUAUACAGGCCUUUCUAAAGUCUAUGCUUUCAUCUCCUGCCCAAUCCUUCCUCCACAAAGUAAGUUUCCCCAUUCAUGUUGUACACUUAUUUGAACCAUAGAUCUAGAACAUUGGGGUUUUAACCCUUUUGUAAUGUUUGCUUAGAAAAUGCUGGUUAAUCCUUUAAAAUAUUGAGACGGGAUCCAGACCCCAACACUCCAUCCUAAUCCAAAAGUAUAGAUCUUGGACUUUAGUUAACACAGAGACAACCUGGCUGCUGAACACCCGACUUGAGAUCUAACUAUUCCUUUGGUUUAUGUUUCAUUUGCAAGAAGAAGAAGGGCUUUAAUUUGGUCACAAAAUAGUUCAGAAGAGAAUGGACCAUAUUUUCUUUGGGAUCACUGGCACAUCUUGAUGUGCAUUACCACCAGAGCUGGCCUUUGGCUUGCCUUGCCAAGCCAGCCCAUUACAAUCGAUCAUGUAUUGGUGCUUGGUUUUGAAAAUUCUACCUCGUAGUCUAGCUGUUCCACUCGGUCAAUUGUUGUCUGAUCCAGUACUUCAAAGCUCCAUUCCUGAUCAUCAAUCCCUUCUCAUGGAUGGUGCCAAUCCAUCUUGCAUUCCAUGGAUUUUAUUUGACUCCAAAUUAACUCCCUCCCCGAGGCAUCUGUUCAUGGAUGUGCUGUUCGUUUACUGUAAGCUGAAGUAGCCAUUUAAAUUUAUGGGCUGCUUUAUUAAAGCUAGUGUUAAAGGAAAAGCUGUUUGGGAGUAGAAUGUGUGUGUGUGUGUGCAUAUAUCAGUAGAGUGUUGGAGCAUGGUUAUUGAUUUUGCAUAAUCUCAGGAAUUGAGGUCUGAGUGAAUAUUUUAUGCAAACAAUCAUAGACAAAUCUGGCUCUGUUAAAAGUGAGAGUGGUUAGCUUCACUUAGCUUCAAACUAACAUUUUAACUUUUUCGGGAUCGUGGUGACUUCCUCCUGGCUUUCACUAUGUAUGAAAUUAUCUACUGAUCCCAUCUUUGUUGAAAUGUCAAUACUUUAUAGCACUGUUGUGGAGUAAAGUCCACCCUAGGCUACUGUUUCUCUUUUUAUUUUCCAAGGUGUCAUCCAUACAAUUCAGAGCUACAUUCAGUUGAAUGGUAUCAACUUAUCAACUGAUAUUUGCAUCGUAUUUAAAUCACUUUCUACAUUUUCUGCCAACUUCUAUGUUAAACAGAGCUUGUUAUCAGAAGACUGUGAGAGGACAUCCUGCAAAAUAAUGAAGCCAUUCAGCAACACCUUAGUACAAAUUAACUUUCCUUUAACUUUCUUGAAGAGGGGAGGGAAGGGGUAGCUUCCUGUGUCUGUGUGGUGGUUUUGACAGCAGCCACUCCAGGUGACAUAAAUCUAGAUCCAGUGUAGUACUGAGUGACCACCUACAUUAGAUUGGAUAAGACCCAGAGCUUAUUACUGACAAAACAAGGAUUGCUUUGCCUCACCAUUUCUCUGCCUGUGAGAAUUUGCAUGGACACACUUAAAUAAUUAUAUACAAAUGGAUACAAUACAUUAUGUUUUGUGUAUUGACCAAAUUCUGCAUUUAUUUCCACAUUUCUUUGUUCCUACAAUUUUCUAACCCUUGAAUUGAGUUUUAAUGUGAUGUACAAAAGACCUGUAAGUUCCCUGGUUAUUAGGCUCCAAGUGAAUGAGUGCGGAAAAUGUGCUUCAAUGUGCUCAUUAAUAAUAAUUUUCACAAUUCAAAUGCUCUGUGUUCUGAUGCCCACCCAGGGGUAAUGUUGCAAACCUGAACUUUAUUUUGGAACAGAAGUGGAGGUUUGUGGACAUGUGGUGGGCCCAAUUGAAACUUCAGACAGUACUUUAGCAAUUUAUUGUUUGUUAUUUCAGUAAUGCAACAUGGAAACAUCUUCAUGGACCAUCUAUACUACCCCAUAAUACAUACUAUUUUAACAUUAUUUGUGGCACCAUUUGGAAUUUAAGUGAACAUAAUUCACCACGUGUGGAAAACUAAUUUUAUUUGUCAAGGAUUUGCAGUUUCGGAGUGGAUGUGCUUGCAAUGUUCAACUCUAUCUUCACAGCCAGAAUAUCUCCAGAUCUGUAGUGAGUCUCACAUUGGGACAAUUCAUUUAUUAGUUUUUAAAAUGUGAUGCAAUUUAAUAUUUAUCUAUUGUUUUCCAUCUUUUGCAUUGCACAAUUGUAACUUUAAAUCACCAUGCAAAAUUUUAAUUCCUUUGUACUUGUCUCCAUACUGGUUUAUUGAAUUUGAAUAAAAUUUGUUUUGAUUUAUUUAUCAAUAAA